CGAAGGAUUCAACAAGGAAAUGAUUAAAAAAAAAUGUAAAACAAACAGCUCGCCUCCCACAUCUUCACACUUUCCGUUGUACGGAUCCAGAGUUACCUGCAUAUAGCAACAGUAUGAUUUCCCAGCGCUUCGGGAUUGAGGCCAAGGCCUUCUCCCAGCUGGCGCUGGCACGCACGUCGACCCGAUUUCAGCCUACAAGCGUUCUCGCAAGAAAUGGGGUUAUCGGACGAUACUAUUCCACAGGAGAGAAGAAAGGGAUUAAAGCGGUUGCUUUUGACCUCGGAGGUGUUGUACUACAGUCUCCGAUGAAAGCUAUACGCAAAUAUGAAGAGGUCCUGGGAUAUCCUGCCAACACAGUGAACAAGAUCAUUGCAGGCACAGGAUCUAAAGGAUCUUUUCAGCAAUUGGAAAGGGGAGAACUUACGCUCAAAGAAUUCUAUCCCAAGUUUGAAGCUGAAAGUAAGCAGGCAGGCUUCCCUCUGGAUGCAGCCAAGUUAUUGAAGGACAUACACUCGUAUGUGUACAAUGCGUCACCAGCGAUGCUCGAGGCAAUCGACUGCAUUCGCGCCGAGGGUAUCAAAACAGCGGCUGUAACCAACAACUGGCGUAUCGGAAAUGGCAAGGACGAGAUCCAGAGUGAUGUCACUAAGCGCAUGGACUGUGUGGUUGAGAGUGUGGUCGAGGGCGUGAACAAACCAGAUCCCGCCAUUUUCAAAAUCGCAUGUGACCGUUUGGAAGUAGAUCCCUCGCAAACCGUUUUUCUGGACGAUAUUGGCAAGAAUCUGAGCGCGGCGAAGAAAUUGGGUAUGACCACUCUCCUGGUAAAGGAGGUAGAGCCCGCGCUUGCUGAACUCGAGAAAGUGCUCGGUUUCCCACUUACGGGUUACGUCAAGGGGACAAGAGCUGCGAUUGGGGCCCAAAAAUUGAACGAGGACAACCUCCGAAGCUACUUAAAGGACACCCUGAAAAUAUCGGCUGAUAAGAUGAACGUCCGGAAGUUCUCACAUGGACAGUCGAAUCCUACGUUCUACAUUGGCACUGAAUCAGGCGAGUUUGUACUACGCAAGAAACCCCCAGGAAAACUUCUGAAGGGCGCCCAUGCUAUCGAGCGAGAAUACCAGAUCAUGACCGCUCUGCGCAAGAAAGGUGUACCCCUGCCCGAAACUUUAGGACUGUGUGAGGACGAUUCAGUUAUUGGCACGCCCUUCUACAUGAUGCGAUAUGUCCCUGGACGUGUGUUCGUCGACCCAGCCUUGCCCGGGAUGUCACCCAAAGAUCGCAAGGAGAUAUAUGAGUCUAUGAACGACGCGUUGGUGUCCAUGCACUCUGCCGGUGUUGAUCUGGAAGGUAUUGAGGGCUUUGCGAAGAAAACCGACGAAUUCUUUGCGCGCCAAAUCAAAACAUGGACCAAUCAAAGUGUGGGGGCCAUCCAAGCUACGCAAGGAAAGAUGGAUCAGAUUGCCGAUAUGACAUACCUGAUCGACUGGCUGCCAAAGAACAUUCCCGAACAAACACAGACUGCGGUGGUACAUGGAGACUUCCGAUUGGACAACAUGAUCUACCAUCCCACUGAGAACAAAGUGAUGGGCAUUCUGGAUUGGGAACUGUCGACCCUUGGUGACCCCAUGUCGGAUGUAUCGUACAGUGGACUGAUGUAUCACCUAGUGGAGAAUCCCAUCAUGAAAGGCCUGGGACAUGCAGCAUUGCCCGAGGGAGUACCCACCGAGAUGGAAUUCGUAGAGCGUUACUGUCAGAAAAUGGGACUUGAUGUCGACGCGGUCAAAAGUAACUGGGAUUUCUAUACUGCCUUUGGAUUUUUCCGGUUGUCCUCUAUCUGCCAGGGCGUUUAUGCUCGUGGACUGAUGGGCCAGGCCAGUAGCACCAACUCGAACAAGUUCAAUGACGUUGCAACUCAGUUGGCGGCGGUUGCCAGGUCUGCUGCUGACCGCGCAGACGCAAACAGCGCCUCCAGACACCACUCAGAGUACGCUCAGGCAAUGCCACAGACAAGCAGAGGCUAUCACACCUCAGCGCGUCCUUUGGGAACAGUCAGGCGUCGCCAAUACUCUACCGCCGGCGGAGAGGUCUUCGGUUUGUCUGAACGCGCUGCCAAGAUCAAAGAAGAUGUGAUUGACUUUAUCAACACAGAAGUCAUCCCGCUAGAGCCCCUCUUCAACGAACAUCAGUUUGACGAAAAGCGACAGUGGACUCCAGUUCCCGAGAUGGAAGUCUUGAAGCAGAAAGCCAAGGCCAAGGGUCUGUGGAAUUUGUUCUUACCUCUUGAGUCUGAUCCCGAGGGCCAGUACGGUGCAGGUAUGACCAACCUCGAGUACGCACACCUGUGCGAAGAGAUGGGUAAGUGCAUGUGGGCCCCAGAGGCGUUCAACUGCAGCGCACCCGACACUGGCAACAUGGAGGUACUCACACGCUACGGCAAGCCUGAGCAUAAGGAGCAGUGGCUAAAGCCCUUGCUUAAUGGCGAUAUCAGGUCGUGCUUCGCGAUGACUGAGCCUGAAGUAGCCUCCAGUGAUGCCACCAACAUCCAAACGUCCAUCAAACGUGACGGAGAUGAUUACAUUAUCAACGGGCGCAAACAUUGGACUUCUGGUGCUAUGGAUCCCCGGUGUAAGAUCUCUAUCCUGAUGGGCAAGACCGAUUUCUCGGCGGAUACCCACAGCCAACAGUCGAUGAUUUUGGUGCCUAUGGACACUCCCGGUAUUAAGAUCAUCCGUCCUCUCCGAGUGCUGGGAUUCCUGGAUGCGCCCCACGGACACGCUGAGAUCGAAUUCAAUGACGUGCGAGUGCCUGCAAGCAACAUCUUGUUGGGUGAGGGAAGAGGUUUCGAGAUCGCACAGGGACGACUGGGCCCUGGACGUAUUCACCACUGCAUGCGUAUGAUUGGAUACGCGGAACGAUCACUUGAGCUGAUGUGCAAACGAGUGACUGAGAGAACCGCCUUCGGCAAGCCACUUGCAGCACAAGGAACCAUUCUUGCGGAUAUUGCCAACUCUCGAUGUGAGAUCGAUCAGGCACGUCUACUCACACUGCAAGCUGCCCACAAAAUGGAUACUGUCGGAAACAAGGCAGCCAAGCGGGAGAUUGCUAUGAUUAAGAUUGUUGCACCGACAAUGGCCCAGACAGUGAUCGACCGCUGCAUGCAGGCGCACGGAGGUAUUGGUCUGACCCCAGAUUACCCCAUGGCUCAGUUGUUCAUGGCCUCGCGAACAUUGCGAUACGCAGACGGACCUGAUGAGGUACAUCGCAUGUCCCUCGGCAAGCAGGAGCUAAAAAAGUACGCUGCAAAGCGAACUUAGAUUCAGCCGGAUUAGGAUAUUUUCUCAAAGUACGAGUGAAUUCAACUGGAAAUCUCGGUGACUACUAUUAGUCUUAUCGACGAGGAUCGGGAAUGCAUAUUUUCAAAUACUCGCGAUAAGCGUGAAUUGAGAUUGCCUUAUCCUAUUUGAAUCAUAAGACAUAUAUAUAUAUAAUGUGAAUAAAACGUACGAUUAUCUGACAGUAGAUACUCUAUUCACUGGUCAAGUACAGCGCUGGUGUCUGCGAGUUGUUCUUGACCGAGUUGAGCUACACUAGGCGUACUGGUGUAUAGCAACGGUUUUCUCGCCUAUUUAUUGUGUGAAUGAUGAAAUAUGAGAGUGCAGCAUAU